UGGUGUUGCUGUUCUGCUGCUGUGCUCUAGCUCUGCCACUGCCAAUUGCCAAUGGCAAAGAAAAAACGAAGAAAGAACGUCCGCCGCGUAUCGGAAAAUUCACUGAGUGCUGUCGCUGUGAAAAAAUGAUUAUUUUUACAUAAAUCUGCCAGAAUUUUGAAACUAUUCAAUGAAAUUGUCAAUUUUUACAUAAUGUCAUAAAGUGGGUUAAACAUUUGGCCCCGAAAUAAUGCAACCAAAAAGGUUAAAAAUCGAGAAUUACGAAAAUUUUAUGUGUAUACCAACCGUUCGCUACCACCACCGCCCGUGUCUUGUGAGCUGUGAACUGUGAGCUUUGAGGUGAUGGAAAUGGAAAUGGAAGGCAAACGAAAUAGCUAAUUAUGGAGGAGAAUAUUCGGAUUUUCACAUAAUUUCAAUUGUAAAUAAUACAAAUUUCAAGUGAAGUUAUUUUGGGUGUGCGUGCAUCAAACGCGACUAAAAUGAACGAGGACGACCACGACACAGAAUCCGCUGGCGCUGCUGAUGCUGGAACAGGAGGAGAAGUAGAAGGAGGAGAAGUUGCAGAAAAGACUGAAUCUCAAUCGAUGGAAGAGAGAAUGGCAGUGCCAGGGGAGCAAAUAGACACUAAUGGGGCUGUGGUAGCAAUGGCAAUAUCAGUAAAUGCAAAUGACGACGACGACGACGAGAACAGCAAGGUUGACCAUGACAAUUUAGAGUCAUUGACACUGAAUGCGGAUGUUGAUGUUGAUGAUGAUGUUGUUGUUGUUGUUGACGAUGAUGAUGAUGAACCUGUUCUUAAUGAUCAAGCAGGUGUUGCUAUUGCUUCUACUGGUGCUGUUGGUGCUGGUACGGGUGCUGCUAGUGCUGGUGCUGGUGAUAUUGAUGCUGCUGCAGGGUGCUACUUAAUGGAUGAAGAAAAUGCCGCUUUGCAUUUACUUGGCAAGAAGUUAAACCAUGAAAAAGCAGGAACAUCUCGAGAGCUAAAUUGCGGAGAGAACUCAAGUAUAAUGAGAAAAGAACUAUCUCCAGUUCAAUUGUCUCCAUGUUCGAGUAACACAGAUCCUGAUGCUAUUUCGCCAUGUUCCUCGCUUAACUGUUCAGGAACACGUCGAAAAAUCAUUCUGAAUCCAAAUUCCGAUACACCACCGUUGAAUGGAGCAAAGAAGAAAAUUCGCAGCACGACUUCGCCGGCUUCUAGCAGUGGCAGACGCCUUUCAAACGAACAUGAAACAUUCAACUUGUGGAUGGCACGAGAAUGCUAUGAGAAUAUCCCAGCCGAGACGGUUUUCGAAGAUGAUUGUGGGGAUUAUUCGCCAGCUCCUAGAACUCCGGUUUCGCAGAGUCGUAUGCAUCGCCCAUUGGAAAGAUCCUGGCCACCGAAGGGUAGCACACCAAAUUCAAACACAAAAAACCCUAAGGUCAGUGGGGAUGUCUUUAAAUUCGACAUAGUUGAUAUUGACGAUGACUAUCGGCUGAGUGAUGAUUGCAUUCUUCCAACAGAUAGAAACUAUAGCAGUAGUAGCUGCAUUCAAUCACCUUUGCUUCUCUCAAAUGACAUCGAGGAAGGUGCUGCCGCGGCCGCUAUACUUCCAUCGACCAGUGGUCCCUCUACUAGUGGAUUGGAACAAAUGAAAUUCAAACCAUUGCUGAAGAAAAAAAUCGGACCGGAUAACUACAUCAAUACCAUACUAACGAAGAAGGUUCCAGCGAACGAUUUUCAAACAUACGACUUUCCCCUUUCGAACGGUGGCAGUCAGGAGUCGUCACCGAACGAAAUAAUCCGUCAGCAUCGUCCACUCACCCGAACCCUGUCGAAUGGCAAAACUAAACCCAGUCCGUUGGAAGGCUCGAACGACCUCCCGGCUUAUGCAGUUCCUCGAAUGAUUCAUCCACCGCCACGUCAACGUAGUCCCCCAUCAGGAUCAUCAACUCGAAGUGCUUCCCCUCUGGACCUCUCUUCCCCAGAGCCAAUUGGUUCGCCCAUUCCUCCUGUCAUACCCAAACCAGUCUUACGUCCACAGCCUAGAUUACUCACAAGGAUCGGAGGUACGAAUUUGAUUUGUCCUCCAACACCCACCCAUCAUGCACGGCGAAAUCGCCUUGCUAGUCAGGAAGAUAAUAAUUCUGCCUUGCACGAAUAUCGCAUUCGUGAAAUAGCUGCAGCUGCUGAAAACGGUGGAUCGCCCGAUAUUCGAACUGCAGACAUCGUGAGUCUGUCUGGCGGGCGUCCGAUUGAAGGAGUCAAGGGUUUCGAGAGUAACGAUAGUGAUAUGAUUCAUAUCUCGAGCACGAGACUCCCCUCCAUUCCAGAACGAGGACGUGGAGUAUUUUCCGAGUCUGAUGAUCCCUUGCCGCCAGCUUGGGAAGCACGCAUGGAUAGUCAUGGACGAAUCUUUUACAUCGAUCAUACCACACGUACGACGAGUUGGCAAAGACCCGGCUCCACCGGAGGAGCACUAUCGUCGGGCGGUGGUCGGGAUCAACACCGUCAACAAUUGGACAGACGAUACCAGUCCAUUCGUCGAACUAUUACCAGUGAGGGACGUGAAAUUGCCAUAAAUGGAUGUGUAUCACCUAAUGUCAAUGUCGGCGGUGGAAGCGGUGUGUCGAGUAAUCGAGCAUCAUCUGCUUCCGAGUUUGAACGUGUUCAAAUUCUUGGCACUCAUCCAGCAGUGUUGAUGCUCUGCCGUCCUGAUUUCUAUUCCCUACUUCAUUCGAAUGAAGAGGCCCUCGGGAUUUACAAUCGAAAUGCCGCCCUCAAACACAUGGUCAUCAGAAUUCGACGCGAUCCGAAUACGUUUCAACGUUACCAGUACAACAAGGAUUUGGUAGCACUUGUUAAUUCGUUUGUACAACUCAGCAAAGAUCUCCCAUCGGGCUGGGAGACCAAAUUAGACCAUUCAGGAAAACAGUUCUUUAUCGAUCAUAGCAAUCGGAAGACGUCAUUCAUGGACCCUCGCCUGCCAAUCGAGUGUCCUCGGGUAGCAAGGCACCGACAGCAAAACGAUAUGAUGAGCGAUGUUGCCCCGACACCACCACCAAGACCAGCCUCAUCUUUGCCAAGGAGUAAUGCCAUGCCAGAGCACGUCACAGAGAUUCCUGUUGCAUAUAAUGAAAAGGUGAUUGCAUUCCUAAGACAACCGAAUAUCCUAGAAAUACUGCGAGAGAGACACGGCCAGUCAACUGUAUCGAGAUCAUUACGUGACAAAAUCAAUAUUCUGCGAGUUGAAGGUGUGCCAGCACUUGAACGGUUGGCCCAUGAUUUGCAAUUGACUAUUUUAUUGAGUCUUUUCGAACAGGAAAUUAUGAGCUAUGUCCCAAUUGAAGAACGCAGUCCUCAAGGAUCACCAAAUCUCAAUUCACGAAUGCCACAACGUGGCCCACCACCAUUUCGACGAGAUUUUGAAGCCAAACUUCGUGGAUUCUAUAGAAAACUUGAGUCCAAAGGUUACGGACAAGGCCCUCAUAAGCUCAAACUUCACAUUCGUCGAACUCAUUUACUAGAGGAUGCUUUCCGUCGUAUAAUGUCAGCGAACAAAAAAGACCUACAAAGAGGGCGUCUUGCUGUGCUCUGGGAUACUGAAGAAGGCUUAGAUUAUGGUGGUCCAUCAAGGGAAUUCUUCUUUCUUCUAUCUCGAGAACUUUUCAAUCCCUACUAUGGACUGUUUGAAUACUCAGCAAAUGAUACUUACACCGUCCAAGUGUCGCCUCUGUCAGCUUUUGUUGACAAUUGCCACGAUUGGUUUCGAUUUAGUGGACGUGUACUGGGUCUUGCCUUGGUUCAUCAAUAUCUCUUGGAUGCCUUUUUUACUAGACCAUUUUACAAAGCAUUGUUAAGACUUCCAGUGGCGUUAAGCGAUUUAGAAUCGCUUGACAACGAAUUUCAUCAAUCUUUGCAAUGGAUCCGUGAUAACGAUAUCGGAAAUGGCAAUGAUCUUGGCCUAACUUUCUGUGUCACCGAAGAGCUUCUGGGGCGAGUUGUAGACCGUGAACUAAAACCAGGUGGCAAGAAUAUGAUAAUCAACGAAAAAAACAAAAAAGAAUACUUAGAACGAAUGAUUAAAUGGCGAUUGGAGCGAGGUGUUCAAGAACAAACCGAAUCCCUUGUCCGAGGAUUCUAUGAAGUGGUCGAUUCACGGCUUGUAUCAGUAUUCGAUGCACGCGAACUAGAACUAGUCAUAGCCGGAACGGCAGAAAUAGACAUAAACGAUUGGCGUUUGAACACGGAAUAUCGAAGUGGCUAUCAUGACAAUCAUCAGGUAAUCAUCUGGUUCUGGCAGGUGAUCGAGAAAUUCACCAACGAACAGAGAUUACGUUUGCUUCAAUUUGUCACCGGAACAUCAAGUAUACCCUAUGAAGGGUUUUCAGCACUGCGAGGAUCAACAGGACCACGACGUUUUUGUAUCGAAAAGUGGGGUAAGCCGAAUGCUCUACCAAGAGCACACACUUGUUUCAAUCGCUUAGAUUUGCCACCCUAUCCAACACCAGAGAUUCUCUAUGAAAAGUUACUGUUGGCUGUAGAGGAAACAAAUACUUUUGGAAUUGAAUAAGUUUGAUGUCCUUCUGUAAGUUGUUCUUUAAUUUAUGUUGUAACUUUUGGCCAGUUUUAUUAGAAACAAACAAAAACAAAUGUAGUCAAAGUAAAGAAGAAGUUAUUGUUCUUCUCCUUGAAAAAUAAAAAUUCUGAAUAUUUCAGAGCCUAUGGUAGAUUAGAGAACUAUUUGGAAGAGAGCUCAAAUUGUAGGUUAUUUUUGCGCAAAGGGUUUUGUAUCCUUUGGUUCCUUACUUUUGAAAAAAAAAACAAUGGUAUUUAUUUUUGCAUUCCAAGAGUUGGUCAAACAAUUAGGAGGAAAAAAUAAUCGAGCGAUUUGUGGAAUUCUUUCGUUGUCAUAGUUUUUAAAAACUUUUAAUAAGUAGCUUAAACAUUUGUUUGGGCUUUUGCGUAUGAAAAAAUUCAAAAACAUGCUUUAUUCUGCUUUCUCAAGAUGUAAUGAAUUUUUAAAUUAAAAGAUAACAAUUGUUGACCAAUUCUGUGCUACUAGUUAGUUGAAUACCUAUGACCCCUUAAUUGAGCUAUCUUCCAGUGAAGUUCUUCCUAGGGCAUUCAAUACCAUUUAUACUUUUCUCUCUAUGCAGAGAUCCUAACUUAUAAUUCCUUUUAACUCUUUUUAUUAGUUACUAAAAUCUUACUCAAUUUAUUAGAAUAUAUAUUGACUAAUAGGAUUUCUAUGCCGAUUUUGUUCAUAAGGCCUUUAAUUAUAUUUUUUUAAAUAUUGGUAAACAAAAACCUGAUUCUUUUAAGUAGAAACAUUCCUAGACCUAAGCAAAUGUUCAUUUUUCUAUAUAAUUAUUUAUUUUCUAUUCACCAUCAUCAUUGAAUUCACCACACCAGAGUUCCUCUGUGAAUCCUGAUUAUGGUGAGUUCUUUGAAAAGCAUGGUAAUACUAGUCAACUUAGUUUUAAGAGUUUUUAAAAUAAAUAAAUAAAUAAUACAAAAAAUAACCGGAUGUUGUUUGAAAUACAAAAAUAAAUAUUAUUAUAUUUUAUUUAUUAAAUUCUAUAUUGAGCACUUAUUAAAUGUGACAUAGCAAAUAAAACUGCUUCAUUCACACAACAUAAGAAGAAAAAACUUUAUAAAUUAUUAUAUAUGAUGAUUAUAUGUAGAAAAACAAAACUGUAGUUAAAAACUAAAAAUCAAAUAAAAAUAUAAGUUACCUUUAAUUGCCUGAUUAGUGUGUAAACCUUUAUAGAAGGAAAAGAAAAUAAUAAACAAUAAAACAAUACAAAAAAAAUGGCUUAAAUAUUUUAUAUAGUUGUUUUUUUUUUUUUUUUUUUGAAUGUGUGUUAACUAUAAAUUGGCAUUGAUUUGAAAUAAAAUACAUAAAACAAAAAUCAAAUAUAAAACAUCCAAUUUACUUAAUACAACAACUAUUUAUUGGUGUGUCUUAAACAAACAACAAAAAUCCCAUUUUAUAUACUUAAAAACAAAAAAAAAAACCAAGAGUUUAUUAUACUCUCCAACUAAAUAUAAUAUACACAAAUUAAAAUAAAAGAAAAACACUUUUAAAAAAACGAUAUGCAAUAAGGCAAAACAAAUGUGAUUUUUUCGUAUAAAAUUUGAUUAUUGUUAAAACAUUACAAACAAAAAAGAAUACAUAUAGAUGCAUGUAUAUUGUAUACCUAAUAUUUUUUUUAAAUUAUAUGAUUUUUUUUAAUUUAAUGCAAUUUAUUCAAAUAUUAUUGAUUUAUAUUUAAUAAUUUAAAAAAAGAAAAAAAAUGGAAAAAAAUAAUUAACGUUUUUAUGCUGCUGUUACGUUACUUAUGAGUAGCGACGAUUGUAGAAGUCAUAGCUAAUAUAAUUUAUUUAUUUAAUUCUUAUAUAGUUGAUAUAUAUUGAUGAAUUAUUAUAUACAUAAAAAUAUAUUUAUUCUAAUUUUUGCAAAACAUUUAAAUUAUACAACUUUAAAAUAAUAAUAGAACAACUAAAAUAAAUGAAUUUAUAGCGCAAACGAUGUGUUAUUAUU